GUUUUUAGACUCUGAAGUCCUUCUUCUUAGCAUGUUUCUGGAAGGGGCAGCGUGGAGCCCUGGAGGAAAGACGGACUUUUUUUCAGGGGAAACGCGGAUGCAGACAAUCAAAAAGACGUGGUGCUACAACCCGCGAUUUUCGCGCGCUUUGGCGCGGGAGGUUGUGGGUAGCGCGCCCAGGAGGGAGAAAGGAGCCGGGGCUGUGACCACGCCGCCCGCCGGGCCUGAGGGGAUGGACGAGGAAGAUCCCCGCGCCGAGGGGGCGGCGGUAGUCGCCGCGGCCGGAGAAGCACUGCAGGCCCUGUGCCAGGAGCUGAACCUGGACGAGGGGAGCGCGGCCGAAGCCCUGGACGACUUCACCGCCAUCCGGGGCACCUACAGUCUAGAGGGAGAAGUUAUACACUGGUUGGCAUGUUCAUUAUAUGUUGCAUGCCGCAAAAGCAUUAUUCCCACGGUUGGAAAGGGUAUCAUGGAAGGAAAUUGUGUUUCACUUACCAGAAUACUACGUUCAGCUAAAUUAAGUUUAAUACAGUUUUUUAGUAAAAUGAAGAAAUGGAUGGACAUGUCGAACCUGCCACAAGAAUUUCGUGAACGUAUAGAAAGGCUAGAAAGAAAUUUUGAGGUGUCCACUGUAAUUUUCAAGAAAUUUGAACCAAUUUUUUUAGAUAUAUUUCAAAGUCCAUAUGAAGAGCCACCAAAGUUACCACGAAGCAGGAAGCAGAGGAGGAUUCCUUGCAGUGUUAAGGAGCUUUUUAAUUUCUGUUGGACACUCUUUGUUUAUACUAAGGGUAAUUUUCGUAUGAUUGGAGAUGAUUUAGUAAACUCUUAUCAUUUACUUCUGUGCUGCUUGGAUCUGAUUUUUGCCAAUGCUAUUAUAUGCCCAAAUAGACGAGACUUGCUGAAUCCAUCAUUUAAAGGUUUACCAUCUGAUUUCCAUACUGCUGACUUUAGGGCUCCUGAGGAGCCUCCCUGCAUCAUUGCAGUACUGUGUGAACUGCAUGACGGACUUCUAGUAGAAGCCAAAGGAAUAAAGGAGCACUAUUUUAAGCCAUAUAUUUCAAAACUCUUUGACAGGAAGAUUUUAAAGGGAGAAUGCCUCCUGGACCUUUCCAGUUUUACUGAUAAUAGCAAAGCAGUGAACAAGGAGUAUGAAGAAUAUGUCUUAACUGUUGGUGAUUUUGAUGAGAGGAUCUUUUUGGGAGCAGAUGCAGAAGAGGAAAUUGGAACUCCUCGAAAGUUCACUGGUGAUGCCCCACUAGGGAAACUGACAGCACAGGUUAAUGUGGAAUGUAACCUUCAACAACACUUUGAAAAAAAAACAUCAUUUGCACCUUCUACCCCACUGACAGGACGGCGAUAUUUAAGAGAAAAAGAAGCAGUCAUUACUCCUGUUGCUUCAGCCACCCAAAGUGUGAGCCGGUUACAGAGUAUUGUGGCUGGACUGAAAAAUGCACCAAGUGAACAACUUAUAAAUAUUUUUGAGUCGUGUAUGCGUAAUCCUAUGGAAAACAUUAUGAAAAUAGUGAAAGGAAUAGGAGAGGCUUUCUGCCAACACUAUACUCAAUCAACAGAUGAACAGCCAGGAUCUCACAUAGACUUUGCUGUAAACAGACUAAAGCUUGCAGAAAUUUUGUAUUAUAAAAUAUUAGAGACCAUAAUGGUUCAAGAAACACGAAGACUUCAUGGAAUGGAUAUGUCAGUUCUUUUAGAGCAGGAUAUAUUUCAUCAUUCCUUGAUGGCCUGUUGUUUGGAAAUUGUGCUCUUUGCCUAUAGCUCACCUCGUACUUUUCCCUGGAUUAUUGAAGUUCUUAAUCUGCAACCGUUUUAUUUUUAUAAGUUUUCUCUUCUCCAGGUUAUUGAGGUGGUUAUCCGCUCAGAGGAAGGGCUAUCCAGGGACAUGGUGAAACACCUAAACAGCAUCGAAGAACAGAUUUUGGAGAGUUUAGCAUGGAGUCAUGAUUCUACGCUGUGGGAGGCUCUCCAGGCUUCUGCAAACAAAGUUCCUACCUGUGAAGAAGUUAUAUUCCCAAAUAAUUUUGAAACAGGAAAUGGGGGAAAUGUACAAGGACAUCUUCCCAUGAUACCAAUGUCUCCUCUCAUGCAUCCACGAGUCAAAGAAGUUCGGACUGACAGUGGGAGUCUUCGAAAGGAUAUGCAACCAUUGUCUCCAAUUUCUGUCCAUGAACGCUACAGUUCUCCUACCGCUGGGAGUGCGAAAAGAAGACUUUUUGAGGAAGACCCCCCAAAGGAGAUGCUUAUGGACAGGAUCAUAACAGAAGGAACAAAACUGAAAAUUGCCCCUUCUUCAAGUAUUACUGCUGAAAAUAUAUCAAUUUCACCUGGGCAAAGUCUUUUAACAAUGGCCACAGCCAUUGUAACAGGGACAACGGGACAUAAAGUUACAAUCCCAUUGCAUGGUAUUGCAAAUGAUGCUGGAGAGAUCACACUGAUACCAAUUUCCGUGAAUACAACUCAGGAGUCCAAAGUCGAGAGUCCUAUAUCACUUACAGCUCAGUCAUUAAUUGGUGCUUCUCCAAAACAGACCCAUUUGACUAAAGCACAAGAGGUACAUCCGAUUGGAAUAAGCAAACCAAAGAGAACUGGGUCCUUAGCGCUGUUUUAUAGAAAGGUCUAUCAUUUGGCAAGUGUACGCUUACGUGAUUUAUGUUUAAAACUGGAUGUUUCAAAUGAGUUACGAAGAAAGAUAUGGACAUGUUUUGAAUUCACUUUAGUUCACUGCCCUGAUCUGAUGAAAGACAGACAUUUGGAUCAGCUCCUCCUUUGUGCCUUUUACAUCAUGGCAAAGGUAACAAAAGAAGAAAGAACUUUUCAAGAAAUAAUGAAAAGCUAUAGGAAUCAGCCCCAAGCUAAUAGUCAUGUCUAUAGAAGUGUACUACUGAAAAGUAUUCCAAGAGAAGCUAUGGCAUACAGUAAAAACCUGAAUGGUGAUUUUGAAAUGACAGAUUGUGACUUGGAAGAUGCUACAAAAACACCUGACUGUUCCAGUGGGCCAGUGAAAGAGGAAAGAGGUGAUCUUAUCAAAUUUUACAAUACAAUAUAUGUAGGAAGAGUGAAGUCAUUUGCAUUGAAAUACGACUUGUCAAAUCAUGACCAUGUGAUGGAAGCCCCACCACUGUCUCCUUUUCCACAUAUUAAGCAACAGCCGGGCUCCCCACGCCGCAUUUCCCAGCAGCACUCCAUUUAUGUUUCCCCACACAAGAAUGGGUCCGGCCCUACCCCAAGGAGUGCUCUGCUCUAUAAGUUCAAUGGCAGCCCUUCUAAGAGUUUGAAAGAUAUCAACAACAUGAUAAGGCAAGGUGAGCAGAGAACCAAGAAGCGAGCAAUAGCCAUCGAUGGUGAUGCAGAAUCACCUGCCAAACGCAUCUGUCAAGAAAAUGAUGAUGUUUUACUUAAAAGACUACAGGAUGUUGUCAGUGAAAGAGCAAAUCAUUAGAAUUUUUUCCAUUUCUAUGAUAAAAGCACUUUCAAGUUGUUUUGCGGAAAGCUGGGGGUCUGUCUUUCAAAAUGUUCAGUCAGCCCUGUAGGAAGUAAAUAUCACUGAGUUACAAGAAAAAUUACACCAAAAUUAAGCAGUUUUUAAAAAUUUAUCCAAAAUAUAGUUGACAGAGAUGUAUACUGAGUUGAAUUAUAAAGGAAUUUUUAAGUGCCUUUUAAACGUAUUAAUAGUUGUAGAAUUUUUAAAAUAUUUGUUCCUUGGGUUUUUCAGACGAAGUAAGGAGAAACCCCAUAAUUUUGUUAGCUCACUUUUUGAAAUAAUUCAAAUGUCUUCUCCUUCUAGACUUUGUAAUAUGAAAGUGAAUCAUCUGUUUUUGCUUUAAGUGUGCUUUGAGAUGGUUGUAUUCCUAUCUAGUUUAAUGUUGAGCACAGGAGGUACCAGCCUGUCUCUGACCCAGGGCGGUAACUCCACAUCCAGGUACCACUACCCUUCUGGGCUGUCCAGAUCCUUUUCAUGCCCUUUCUUUCCUUGAGCAGAAGCAGAUUCAAACCUGAACCAAUGCACUAUCCCUGCUACUUCUUACUUUCCAACCCUAAACCCUCUUAGCCUGGUGUCACAACCUAAUAAAGGAGGUACUUGCUCCUUUUUACUUUUUAUUUUUUGGGCGUGCCAAGGCAUGCAGAAGUUCCCAGGCCAGGAAUUGAACCCAUGCCACAACAGCAGCUGGAGCCACAGCAGUGACAAUGCAGGAUCCUUAACCUGCAGAGUCACCAGGAAACUCCUCUUGCUUCUUUUUAAUACUAUCAUUUUGUUUUCCAAACCAUUAACUUAAUUAUACUUGAUUAUUUUAUGUCAUAGAAUUCUCAAAAUAGGAAGCUGCUUCUCAGGCCAGUAGAGUAAAAUACAGAAAAAAGUUGUUAGAAUUUAAAUUUCCUACCAUGAUAAUAUGUGAAAUAUUAUUUUUGAGGUCAUUGUAGAUUGGUCAUUCUCAAUGUCUAAUCGAUUCCCUAAGAAUAGUUGAAAUCUUUUUUAAUUAAUUACUAUCACCUCAUGCCUUAUCAUUCUGCUAUACAUCAGAAAACAGCUGUUUAUUACUCCUCCCCCCUUGGUUCUCAGUAUCACUCAUGCCUUGUGAGUUUCCCACUAGGGUUUGAUCACUGGAGCCCCUUAAGGAUGUUUUCCAGAGCUAGGGGUGCAGCUUUCCAAAGAAUCAGCUGUUCAGUGUUCACUUUUUCUAGUGUGUUUCCAUAUUCUGGAAGGACAUGGAUAAGCCAUUCUUAAUUAAUUUUGAGGAAAUGUUAUCAGAUUUAUGUUUUUUAAGCUGCAAACCUUAUUUUUUAAAAUGUGAAAUAUUUAACUUAACCUUUGUCCAACCUGGGCUAAUUUGAAUUUGCUUAAGAUUUGACUAUGAAUUAGUAAUUACGAUUGUCAGGAAUUUUAUUUUUAAAUUUUAAGAAGAAAAGUGACUUUGGUCAAAUUUUACGUUUCUGAAAAUUAUAUCCGAAUUUUUUUGUGUAGUAUCUACACAUGUUAUAAGACAAAUAACAUCAAAUCUGUCUUGAAUCCUUGUAUAUAUUUUUGUGUAGCUGUAACUAUUGUGCCAUUUUAAUCGUCAUUAUUAAUGUGCAAAAUGUAAAUGAGCAUUUGUACAUUGUCUCUAUAAGAAACUCUGGACAAGUUUUUAUCAGUUUUCAAGACUGGAUAUCAAUGUACAUAAAAUGGUUAAUAAAAUAUUAGAGUUUUGAAAUUAUUGAAAAAACUAUACUUGUACUCUUUUCUGUGUGACUAGAAUAUAUAUCUCUUUUAUCCACUUUAUAUCUUUCACAUAUUUUACUGUAACUUAAAAGUUAAUGUUCUUAGUACUUUCCAGGAACUUGGAAGAGAGUAGAGUGAGUAACUGCUUGAUGAGUGCAGGGGAUUUUUAGAGGUGAUGAAAAUAAUUUUGAAAUUUGAUAUAGCUGGUGAUUGCAUAACAUCGUGAAUUUAUUAAAUGACACUGAAUGGUACUCUUUAAAAUGGUUAAUUUUGUGUUAGGUGAAUUUCACCUCAGUUGAGAAAAAUGCCUUAGAUACAUAUAAAAGAUACGUUUCAAGGCCUUAGAAUGGACCAAAUAUAAUACUGAAUUAAGGAAAAGUCUUCUCUCUUAGGAGUGCUUUCAG